GACCAUUUGUGACCACUCAUACUUUUUUCUGUCAAAAUUUAGAUCCGAAUCUAAUUCUACGAUUUUCUUUAGAGUGUUAAAUUUGAUCUUUCUCUUCCAAAAUCAAUUCCAAAAAGAGAGAAAAUCCCACCAAAAAAAUGGCGAAUUCUAAUGACAACAACAACGACGAGCACCAUGAAUCGAGUCCUCUUUUGAGCAAACAAGUGGCAGACCAAGAUUUGAAGGAAAAACCUAGUGGUAAAAAGGCAAAAGAAGCUGCCGCCGAGGUGCCAGCUCAUCCGGUAGUUGCUACCGGAGAUGGGUUUGGGUGGACAGCUGAUGGGUUGCCGUUGGUCCACCGGAGUGUCGUCGGAGAACCCUUGGGUCGAUCUCAAUGGAACUCAUCUCUCCUUGCUUGCCUUGGCCGUAACGAUGAAUUUUGCAGCAGCGACAUUGAAGUCUGUCUCCUUGGAAGCUUGGUCCCUUGUGUGCUAUAUGGAACCAAUGUCGAAAGACUUGGAUCUGAUCCCGGGACAUUUGCAAAUCACUGCUUGCCAUACUCAGUUCUUUACCUAAUCGGUAAUUCAUUUUUUGGCUGGAAUUGCCUUGCACCAUGGUUUUCGUACGCUACUCGUACUGCCAUUCGGCGAAAGUUUAAUCUCGAGGGAAGCUGCGAGGCACUCCAUAGGUCAUGUGGAUGUUGUGGAAGCUGCGUAGAAGAUGAGUUGCAACGUGAACAAUGUGAAUUAACCUGUGACUUAGCAACCCAUGUCUUGUGCCAUCCUUGUGCCGUUUGUCAGGAAGGUCGCGAGAUUCGUCGAAGGUUGCACCAUCCAGGGUUCAAUGCUCAACCUGUCUUCACCAUGGUCCCUCCUGGCGAGCAAACCAUGGCCCGUGGAGCCUAAUUUCAUGUUCUGCCCAUUCCCUACCUUAUAACUAAAGGUAAUCUAGUAGCUAGCUCAACAACAUUUUGUUGCGUGAUGUCUAUGUUGUGAAAAAUAUAUUGUGUGUAAUGUGUUGUGGAAAUAAAGUUAAAAAGCAGCUUUAUGUUACAUUUUCUAGUAUGAAAGUUGAUUGCUCUGUUAUGGGCAGAUCAUAUACAUUUUGUGUAUAAAUAUAUUAUGUUUUAAAUAUUUUAUUUGGGUCAAAUUGUAAGGAUGGUUUCUGUUUUGUGUGAAUUCAGUCUGUAUAAUUUGGUUAAUAAAUGGUCCUCGUAAAUUUUGAAAUGUUAA